GCCUGCGAGCCAGCCCCGAGGGGACGGACACGGGCGCUCAGCCGGGGAGCGAUGCCUGCUUCAGCGCGGAGCCGGGCCGGGCUGCUGCUCCUGGCUCUGGCGCUGCACUGCAACUUCGGGCGCUGCGGAGCAGGAAUUGAGUACAGCGAUGUGCUUCCAGAUUCCUUCCCAUCAGCCCCUGCAGAGACCCUCCCCCAUUUCCUGCUGGAGCCCCAAGAUGCAUACAUCGUAAAGAACAAGCCCGUGGAGCUGAUCUGCAGAGCCAACCCAGCCACUCAGAUUUACUUCAAGUGCAAUGGCGAGUGGGUCAACCAGAAUGACCAUCUCACUAAAGAGAGCUUGGACGAGGUGACUGGGAUGUUGGUGCGGGAGGUCCAGAUCGAGGUCUCCCGGCAGCAGGUGGAGGAGCUCUUUGGCUUAGAAGAUUACUGGUGCCAGUGUGUGGCGUGGAGCUCUGCUGGGACCACGAAGAGCCGAAGGGCCUAUGUCCGGAUAGCAUACCUGAGAAAGAACUUUGACCAGGAGCCUCUGGGGAAGGAGGUUCCACUGGAACAAGAGGUGUUACUGCAGUGCCGCCCCCCGGAGGGGGUGCCCCCAGCAGAGGUGGAGUGGCUGAGGAACGAAGAUGUAAUUGAUACCACCCAAGACACCAACUUCCUGAUUACUAUAGAUCAUAACCUCAUAAUCAAGCAGGCCAGGCUUUCAGACACCGCCAACUAUACCUGUGUGGCCAAGAACAUUGUGGCUAAGCGCCGGAGCACCACAGCAACCGUCAUCGUCUAUGUGAACGGUGGCUGGUCCACCUGGUCAGAAUGGUCUCAAUGCAACAAUCGCUGUGGCCGUGGCUGGCAGAAGCGCACCCGGACCUGCACCAACCCAGCACCUCUCAACGGCGGCUCCUUCUGUGAGGGGCAGCCCUUCCAGAAAAUCGCUUGUACCACGAUGUGCCCAGUAGAUGGAGCCUGGACAGAGUGGAGCAAGUGGUCGGCCUGCAGCACGGAGUGCACUCAUUGGAGGAGCCGGGAAUGCACUGCCCCUUCUCCGAAAAAUGGAGGCAAGGACUGCAGCGGAGUAUUACUGGACUCCAAAAACUGCACUGAUGGGCUGUGCAUGCAAAAUAAAAGAGUUCUAAGCGAACCCAAAAAUCACUUGUUGGAAAGCACAGGGGAUGUGGCCCUGUAUGCUGGCCUAGUUGUGGCCAUCUUUGUUCUCAUCGUCAUCCUAAUGGCUGUUGGAGUGGUUGUGUACCGACGCAGCUGCCGGGAUUUCGAUACUGACAUCACCGACUCCUCAGCUGCUCUGACUGGAGGUUUUCAUCCAGUCAACUUCAAGACCUCCAGGCACGACAAUCCGCAGUUGUUGCACCCUUCCAUGCAACCUGACCUAACAGCCAAUGCUGGUGUAUAUCGCGGCCCGAUGUAUGCCCUGCAGGACUCCUCUGACAAGAUCCCUAUGACCAACUCUCCCCUGCUUGACCCACUUCCAAACCUAAAGAUCAAAGUGUACAACUCCUCCACAGCAUCCUCCUCCCCCAGGCUGAAUGAUGGGGCAGACCUGCUUGGGGCAGUGCCCACAGGCACCUACCCAGGGGACAGUCCAAGGGACAAUCACUUUAUGAAUUUAAGGAACAAGGCUGCGGGCUCUCAGCAUCUCCUCACCCUGCCCCGGGAGCAUGGGAACAGUGCCACUGGUACAUUUGGCUGCUUGGGAGGAAGGCUCACUAUCCCAGAUACAGGAGUGAGUUUGCUGGUUCCUCAUGGAGCAAUCCCACAGGGGAAGUUCUACGAAAUGUACCUACUCAUCAACAAGGCUGAAAACACUCUCUUACCUUCAGAAGGCACACAGACAGUAUUGAGUCCCAUGGUGACCUGCGGACCCACUGGGUUGCUCUUGUGCCGCCCGGUCAUUCUUACCAUCCCCCACUGUGCGGACAUCAGCUCCUCAGAUUGGAUUUUCCAGCUGAAAACACAAUCUCACCAAGGAAACUGGGAGGAAGUUGUGACCUUGGAUGAGGAGACCUUGAAUACGCCCUGUUACUGCCAGCUUGAGACUAAGUCUUGCCAUGUUUUACUGGACCAGCUUGGCACCUAUGUUUUUGUGGGAGAGUCCUACUCCAGGUCAGCCAUCAAGAGACUUCAGUUGGCUAUCUUUGCACCUACUGUCUGCACCUCCCUAGAAUACAACCUCAAAGUGUACUGCUUGGAAGACACACCGGACGCACUGAAGGAAGCGCUGGAACUGGAAAAGACUCUGGGUGGCUAUCUGAUAGAGGAACCCAAGCCACUACUCUUUAAGGACAGUUAUCACAACCUACGCCUCUCCAUCCAUGAUAUCCCCCACUCGCUGUGGAAGAGCAAGCUGCUGGCUAAAUACCAGGAAAUCCCCUUUUACCACAUCUGGAGUGGCAGCCAGAGGGCUCUGCACUGCACCUUCUCCCUGGAGAGAUACAGCCUGGCUUCCACAGAGCUCACCUGCAAGAUCUGCGUCCGGCAGGUAGAAGGGGAAGGGCAGAUAUUCCAGCUGCACACGACACUCGGAGAGAAUGCCAGCUCCUUUGAUGCCUUCUGCUUGCACCAUGGCAGUUCUGUGACAACCCAGCUGGGACCCUAUGCCUUCAAGAUCCCGCUAUCCAUCCGGCAGAAAAUUUGCAACAGUCUUGAUGCUCCCAAUUCAAGAGGAAAUGACUGGAGACUUCUUGCUCAGAAACUUUCUAUGGAUCGGUAUCUGAAUUACUUUGCCACCAAAGCCAGCCCAACAGGAGUGAUCCUGGACUUAUGGGAAGCCCAGCACCAGGAUGAUGGUGAUCUCAAUACCCUGGCUAGUGCCUUGGAAGAGAUGGGCAAGAGUGAGAUGCUGGUUGUCAUGGCAACAGAGGGAGACUGCUGAUGUUACUUUCAAGUAGCCAGUAGGAAAUGGAUGAGGAGGACCGAGUGUGGAGGGGGAAGGGAGGAGGAGGAGAAGGAGGAAGAUAGGGAACGGCCUUUCCUGAAGGGAAAGGUGGUGGGGACAAGGGCAGUUUCUGCUUUGUCUGGUGGGUUGCUGAUCUGUAGCUAACAGUAAGAGGUAGACUCCUUCUCCCACUCCUUCCUCAACAAGUCACCAUCCGCCUUAGAGAUCCGACUACACCGUUUACAAGCAAUCCAAGUGUUAAACAGGCUCCCUCCUCCGCCUGGCCAUCCUCCAGAGUGCGGCGCGAGAGCAAUGCAUCUUUGGUGACCGUGAUGACAGCCAUUGGUGAAAGUGGGCAGCUGCUUCUGCCACAGCAUGCAGGAAUUAGGGCUUCUAGAGUCUGGGUUGAGGUUUAUUUUUAUUUCAUUUAUUGGGGCUGCCUCCCCCACUCUCCCUUUGUUCUUCUUUAAUAGCAUUUAUGCUUAAAAGACUUAAGUACAAUCUAGACAAACUGCUUUCUUCUGUCAAAUGCUUCAGACAGCUUAUUAAGGGGAAAAAAGGAAAAAAACACAGUUUCUUAGGAAACGCAAAUAAUUUAUUAUCCAGAUCUUUGGAUGAGUCCUUUUUAAAAAAAACAACCAUAAACAUUAAGUCUUUUGUGUGUGAGCAAGAACAUUGAUCCACUUUGUGUGAGAAUGAGUGAGAGAGAGAGAGAGAGAGAGAGAGACUUAAUAAUGAACACACACAAAAAGUUAAGAACAACUUGUUUCUGUAUUUGGACCCUUGCUGAAGUCAGAUUGGUUAAGUGCCUAGAGACCCACGUGGCAUAGAAAGGGCAAGCUGAGCCCUCACUGUAACAUCUUAUUUGCAAAUUCUCCUUUAUGGCUGCAGCACAAUGCACAGGAGGCCACUCAAGCAACCAGCUCACAGAAGAACAAACCCAUUUCUGGAAACAAGGUUAAAGGGACAUUGUUGCUCAUUUCGUGGUUUUCUUCAAACUACAACUAAAGUCCUCAGAAUUAUUUCCAGGACCGAUAAAGAAGCUGAAACCUCAAACAGCCUCCCCCCAGCCUCUGGCCCUACACUUUACAGGGAUUAUCCACUCCCAUACCCAUCUUGCGUCUGUUUGAAUCAGAGAGAAGAGUGUGGCUUCAUAGAAUUAGUUUCUUUUUGUGUGCACCAGUGUCAUCAUUUCAAUGGAAUGAUAAUGAACAAAGGAAUCUUUCAGCUGCAAAUCAGGAAAAAAUGUAUUCAUUGUUGGAGUGUGGAAGUUUGUCCCAGAAGGAGCAGGAGACACCCUCAAAUGUGAAGUUUUAAGACUAGACUGAAGGAAAUUGGACAAGAUGAGCGCUACUUGUAAUGGGCCCUUUCCUGGUUCCUAUGCAAUCAGUAUAGCUCUGGGAGUUUCUUUUGUUAGUUAGCUGAGUGUACAGCCUGCAAGGGGAGGACAAGAGGCUACAGAAGAGGGCUGGUGGUAACCUAUUUAUGUGGAUUGUUUAGGAGGGAAGGUUAAUGCUUAGGCACAGUGGAGAAUUUAAUUGAAAACUAUUUAUGAUUUAUGGGACACCUUCCAUCAGAUUAUUACAAUUCUGGGAUGGGUCAGAUUUUGGAGCCCAAAGUAUUUAAGAUCUGUAUUUUUAGAGGAAAUUCUUUUAGGACUUUUGGGAACGAAAAGGAUAAAUUUCAUCUCAACAACAUAAAUACAAACUUUCAUGGAUACAGUCAAGCACUAACACACAGCUGCAUACCGCCACCCAUAAACCAAGACUCUAGAAAAUGGGAGUCUAAAGUUAGGCACCUAAAUCUUUUAUUUCGGCACUUGAAGCGAGUGGGCAGAUUUUCAGAAAUGCUGAGUGUGUCAUGAUUCCUAAUGGGAGGCCAGCUGUUGAGUACAAAGGGUCUAUUUUUACAAAGCAAGGUUCAGUGGCCUGGGAUGUAGAGAUUAAUUUGAAGACUAUGUUAUUUUAAAGUCCUCAUAAUCAAAUCCAUCUUUUGAUAGAAUGUUUCACAGAAUCUUACUUUGAUAAAUAUUCUUGUUCUGAACACUGGCCAAGAGACCAUAAACAGUAGUACAUCAAGUAGCAGAGUUGUUUGGCAUGGUCCUACAGUGGGCAGUGAACUGUAAAAAAGAAUAACCAGCACGUUAAUGAAAUUCACAAGUGAUACUAAACUGGAAUGUGUUGCAAAUACCAGUGAAGAAAGAGAACUAAUACAAAGGGAACUUGGUGAGAUUAGAAACUCUGUUUGAAGAUAGCAAAAUUAGAAUAAAAUUGAAAAAUGCAGCCGUUGUAGCUGCAGAAAAAGAUAAUCUGAGACACAAACUCAUUGGGAAAGAGAGAACUUGCAGGCACUGAUGCUGAAUGGAAUUGUGGAGUUGGGUGGGGGGAGAAGAUAAGAGAACACUGCAGAUUAAACAUUUGCAGCACCCUGUGACAGCAAAAAUUAUCAAUGCAACACAACUGCAUGUGCAAUUAGGUCAGGGUGCUUUCUGUGGCUAUCACUGUGGCAUACUGGAACUUAACGAACCGUUUUAAACUACGCCGGACAAAUACUAGAAUAUGUAUAGUGGGAAAUAAUCCCUCACUGAUCUGUCUGGGUAAACUCAUUUGUCAGGGAAGGAUAGCAUCAUGGAGCUCAGUGCUUCUCCCACUUUGAUCUUAGCAGUUCCUUUCUUUUCUGCAUUAAAAGUGUGGUGUUUAAAUGAAAGUUGGCUACAUAACAAAGCUGAUUUUAAUUAAGGGGUAUCCAUGAAUACAAUGUAAGUUUCACUCCAGGAUGUGGUAUUUUAAUGAAGGGAAAAUAUUUUGAAGGGUAUUUUGAAUAGCCACAAGUGGAAAUAUUUUACUCUGGUUGCUGCCUCUUAAAAGUUUGUCCUCCAAGAUAAACACAUCAUGACACAAACAGCAACAGAGAGUCAUAUUGUGAUGAUGGCACAUUUGCUCUUAAACCCCAAAACCUCUUACCACAAGAUCUUUGUGGCCAAUAAUUUAAAACUUUACAGCAUACAAUAAGCUUCCCAUCAUUCAUUACCCCAUACUCCCUCCAGUCUGCCCUCUGUGGUAUGGUGAUAUAGCUAAAGAAAAAGUAAACACAAACUCAGGGAGCCAAGCACAUAAUAUAAGAAGACAUUGCCUCUAAAGGAUAGCUUAGUAUUUCCUCAGGGUCUAAACCUCCAGUUGCAUAAUUCUUUAGCACACAGGUACUUACAAGCCUGUUUCCAUCUCUAAUGUUUCUAAAUUGGCAGCAGACAGUAGCAGAAAGGACCCACGGACAGAGAACACAGGCAAUGCUCGUUCUGUUUAAUCACAUUGGAAAUGGAUGGAUUGAUUGUACAGAGGUACCAUACAGUGGCAGAACGAAUCAACCCCAGUCCUGAAACUUAAUUGAAAAGGACUAUCUCAGAGCUUGGAGCCUGGCUUAUGUGUAGAAGAGGCUGUACCUUCUUGCCUGAUUAGUCAGAUAGAAGCAAUUCUGGAUUUUGAAUUUUGUUUUUUAUGUAUACAGAGACCAUUUUUAUGGUGUAAAUCACAAUCAAUGUUCUUCAAAAGUCAUUUUAUAAAGACUUUUUGCCAAUGCUGUGGCUAUUUUCUUUUAGCUGUGCACUUGCGUUGUGAAUUUCAUAUCAUGGGUGUAAUUCACAAACAAUUUUAUUUCAAAUACAAAAUGUGCAUUCAUUACUAUUUAUAUUAAAUUUCACUUUCCCCUUUUUAACUUCAAAACUCUUAAAGCCUGAAAUAACUGUAUAUAUCUGUAGGUAAUAUACAGAUCUGGAUAAGUAUCCAAAGUUGUGGAUUUAUAUCUUUAAAAUAAUCGAAGGCUCAAAACUGACUACUUGGCUAGAUCAGAUACUCCAACAUAACUGAAUUUUUUUUUUUGUGUAGCUGGUUUUUGUUUGCUUGUUUGUUUUUAAAGACUUCCAUGGGCAAACAGUGUGGCUGCAUGGUAUUCAGGAAGUUUGACAAAUAUGACUUUUCUCCACCACAAUUCCAUUUCACAAUACUGGGGAAGGCGUUGGGAGGAGAGCCCCGAUCUUAUCUGACAUUUCAUUGUGUUAGUACAUUAGUUUUCAAUAUGUUGCAUAGACUCAGCUAGAAACUAAGGGCCUGCUCUAGUUCCUUUUAGUCAGUGACUUCCAUUGAUUUUGGUGGAAGUCAAAUAUGGCUGUAAUACAGGGAAUGAGUUUUUCCAGUCUGUUUGACUCCAUUUCAUAAUCUGAUUUGUUGAAAUCUUGCCUGUAAUCUGAACAAGCAAAUACAGGAAGUAAUGUAGGAAGCGAUAAAGCACUAAACAAAUAUUUUAAAAGCUACCAUAAAUAACCAGCCAUUGCGUCUUUUCUUAGAAAGUCAAUGGUGUCCAUGAAAUGUAUCCUCACUGUGCUUCUCUUGGAACACAGGUGUAGAUUGUCAACCUAUCUCUCUCUCCCCCUUUCUCUCAUUAAAGGAUCAUGGUGUGUCAGUCUCACUCUCAAAUCAGUGUGUGGGUGAGAUUAAAAAAUCAAUGUGUGUUUGUGUCCCCUCUUCUCUGGCUAUAGACCCAGAAUGUCUGAGUACAUGCUUUUCUCUCUCUCGAUCACUCUGUAUGCUUUUCUUAGUCUUUCAGAUUAAGGGAGCUGUGUGUAUGUAAGGGGUAGGAGGAGGGAAGGAAGGUACUUCUCUCCGAUCAGUGUGCAUGUGUUCUGUCCCCCUCUCUGGCUCUCUCUCUUGGACCAUGGGAUUAUAGUGUAUGUGGUGCUCAGAUCACUGUGUCAGAGUGUCCCAAGCCUUCUCCCUUGGUCAUAUGUGUAUGUAUCUCUAUCUCUUGGAGAUGCACUACACUAUGAUCACACAAAGCGGGGCAGCAGUUUUGUGAUACUGGACAGGCAUUUCAUAGUUUGAGUGAAAAAAACCAGCUGCUGUUUCUCUUUUUGAGAGUGUCCAUUCUCUUGCUCUGUAUUCUAUUUGCAUAUUUAUAUGUCAUGGGAUGAGUCUGGCAGCAUCCUCCAAACACACAUCUGUUUAUUCUGUAAACUAAGAACUGUAAAUAAAGUUUAGCAUUCCUAUUGUAACAAAGUAAUUUUUAUGCAAUAAAUUAUAUUUCCUAGUCUAAUUAAAAA